GUUCCCGAGUCUCCCCUCAUCACUACUUUUGGUCUCGUGCGCUGCGCUGUGCUCCUGUCUCGCGCUCCGGAGAGCCUCAUCAAGCGACUAACGGCGCUGACGGCGCGUGCGGCCUCCGGUGUGCGCGCGCGCUCCCCUCCCCUCCGCCGACAGCGAGCCCGAUGCGCGCGGACCCCGGCCGGACUGUCCCCGAGCUCCGGCGCCGCCGCUUUCUCUCGAGUCCCCGCGGCGACCAGCCGCCGAGCUCCGACACCGAGGCGCGCGCGCGGUUUGUUUAGUUGCUGGCGGCUGAAUGACGGGCGGCCGGUUCGACUUCGACGAUGGCGGAACGUACUGCGGAGGCUGGGCGGACGGGAAAGCCCACGGGCACGGCGUGUGCACCGGCCCCAAGGGCCAGGGCGAGUACUCGGGCUCGUGGCGCAGCGGCUUCGAGGCGGUGGGCGUUUACACGUGGCCCAGCGGCAACACGUACCAGGGCCACUGGGCGCAGGGCAAGCGGCACGGGCUCGGGGUGGAGGCCAAGGGCCGCUGGCUGUACCGGGGCGAGUGGAGCCACGGGCUGAAGGGGCGCUACGGCGUGCGCCAGAGCCUCAACACCUCCGCCAGGUACGAGGGCACGUGGAGUAACGGGCUGCAGGACGGCUACGGAGUCGAGACCUACGGGGACGGGGGUACAUAUCAGGGCCAGUGGAUGGGCGGGAUGCGUCACGGUUACGGCGUGAGACAGAGCGUCCCGUACGGCAUGGCUGCCGUGAUCCGUUCGCCGCUGCGCACCUCCCUCGCCUCCCUGCGCAGUGAGCAGAGUAACGGCUCCGUCCUGAACGAGCGCUCCUCGGAUAGUCCGGCGGGGACACGUGGCGGCUUCGUUCUCAAUGUCCACAGUGAUGGCGAGCUCAGCUCAGGCAGGAAGAAGGGUCUGUUCAGGCGUGGCUCGCUGUUUGGCAGCCUGAGGCAGCUGAGGAAGUCAGACUCGCGUUCGUCCAUCUCGAGUAAGCGCAGCUCAGCACGCAGCGACGCCGCCAUGAGCCGCAUCAGCUCCAGCGACGCCAACUCCACGCUCAGCUUCGGAGAGGACGAGGACAACGCUGUGACCGAGGACAACGUGGAUGCCACCACCACCGAGUUGUACACAGGAGAGUGGAAGAACGACAAGCGCAGCGGCUUCGGCAUCAGCGAGCGCUCCAAUGGCAUGAAGUACGAAGGCGAGUGGGCCAACAACAAACGCCACGGCUACGGCUGCACCGUGUUCCCCGACGGCACCCGCGAAGAGGGCAAGUACAAGAACAACGUGCUUGUGAGGGGCAUCAAGAAGCAGCUCAUUCCGCUGAAGAAUGCCAAGACCAAACAGAAGGUGGAGCGUGCUGUUGAAGGGGCAAUCAGAGCGGCCGCCAUCGCCAGGACGAAAGUGGAGAUCGCCACCUCCAGAACGGCUCACGCCAGAGCUAAAGCGGAAGCUGCAGACCAGGCAGCGCUCGCAGCAUGUCAGGAUUCGGACGUGGCUCGUGCCGUGGCCCGAGAUCUUUCACCCACCUUCCGUCAGCCAGGUCCUGAUUACAUCAAGCAAAAGUUCUCCAGCGAACCGAUCGAGAUUAAAGAAGUCAUUGAAGAGAAAAAAGAUAAAACCCCCUCAGGAAGCCCUCAUUUCUAUCGCAAGGGCACUACGCCCACCCAAACGCCCACCCACAGCCCGGGUCCGACUCCUCCGCCCUCACCCUCAUCCAGCAAGAAGAAGUCCUUCUUUAACCGAAGCACACCAAAAUCUACCAAAGAGAGUGCAGUUGAGAGCCUAGCGGCCAGCGUCGUCCCUAAAACCGCCCCCAGGUUGCCAGCCAAACAGGAAGUGAAGCAGGAAGCGGUUUCUUCUUCCCUCGCGCCCUAUAAACCCACGGCGCCGGUCGCCAACUCCUCAAGUCCCGGAAAUGGCGCAGUCCAUUCGCAGUACCACAGCUACUACGUGAAGGCAGAAGUGUCCAUCCCACCCGAGGAGCUGGAGGAGGAGAAGGAGGAGGAAAAGCAAGAAAGUCUAACUGCCCUCGCCAGGGCAGCACCUUCUGUCAAGCAAUAUCGCACCCCAACACCCUCCGUGACCCCUGCCAAGCUCGCCACGACCAGAGACCUCAAGCCAGAGCUCAAACUGAAAAAACAGGAUUCUCUGAAGCCAAAGAGUCUAUCAGAAAUCAAGAAAGCAAGCAUGGAGAUAACCACGGACGUGGGUGAGGAGGAAUCAGGUCCGAACUCUAUACUGGUGGCAUUAGUGAUGCUGAUAAAUAUCGGGUUAGCGAUUAUUUUUGUCCACUUCUUGACUUGAUGCAUCAUCAAACUCAGCGAGUUCUUCAGGACGUGCGUCGUCGGCCCCGUAAUGCUCUGCAGUUAUAUGGACGGCCUUUAAGAACACGCAGCUCAGACACCGACACAGGCAAAGGACGACUGGACGACUGGAAUUACGAACGAAAAAGCAGUGGAGGGAAAAAACGCAGAGUCCCAUAGCCGAGCCCAACCAGGUCCCCCAGCCCCCAGCCCCGCCCCAUCCUGACCGUGAUUUACGACUCGCUUGGGCUCUGUGAAAGCUGAAGCAAGCACAGUCGUUAGUAAAAGGGGGUGGGGGAGGUGGGGAUAAAAAUAAAAAAAAAAUGUGCUGAGCCAAGCCGUACCCAGUGUGAAGUGCAUAGACGGGCUGUUGGUGUGUGUGUGUGUGUGUGUGUGUGUGUGUGUGUGUGUGUGUGUGUGAGAGAGAGAGAGAGAGAGAUGAGGAGGGGGAUAACUGGAUACGUUUGGUGAUGCACUUUUAGUUGACAGAAGCGAACAGCUGCCUUACAAUUUUACCCUCUGAUGUUGUCGAUGGGGGGAUGUGUGUGUGUGUGUGUGUGUGUGUGUGUGUGUGUGUGUGUGCGCGUACACACAGUGGGAGGUGUAAGCGUGCGCGUGUGUGUCUUCAUUCUGAUCUAAACACCGUGCCCAUUUAAAAAAAAAAAAAAGAGGCACUUGCCAGUCUUAUUGCAUUACCCGUCUCUGAAGCCUGUCUCACUCCACCUGCUCGUGUUUUUAGGAGAUUAGUGAAAGCCAUGCCAGGGUGUGGUACAAAUUUAACAACUAUGUCUUGAGCUUGUUUCUUUUUGUGUGCAUUUCUCUCUUUUUUUUUUUUUUUUACUAUAAAUCUAAAAAAAAAAAAUACAAAAAACGUAUCCACUUCUGUCCCCUUGCUCUGAGACUGAAUCAGUUAACGGCGAACACGGACGUCAGUCGAAUAACGAGCGAUACUGUAGUUUCUGUGGCGUGAUUAGCCGACAAUGAUUCAAGGUGAAUAUUUUUUAUUGGUUCACGUGGACAUGAUCAUGUCGAAGUGAGCAGCUGUGGUGUUGAAGCUCUGUUUGUAAAAUUUCAAAAGGUAUCGCUCUUAUACGCGGGUGUUGUAAAAUAGCUAUAGGAUAUUAUGCAUGGUGUUUGUUGGUUUUAUUUAUUUAGUUAUUAUUUAUUUUUUUCGGUUAAUAACUGGUUAUUGCACUGGAUUUUUGCACAUGUCGUGGUCCGAGCCUGCGCGGGUGAAAGACCGUGGUUCCCCUCGUCACCCCCGUGAGCCCUGAUCCGUGGCGUUGAAUGAGUUCACGAUGAACAAGCGAAUGUAGUCAGAUGCCUUAAAGGACUUUUACAACAACAAACCGUGUUAGAGUUUACCUCGGGGAAAACAGUAGUGAUUUUGGAAUUUUGUCUUAAUUAAUUGGAAGUUUUAUUGAAAUCUAUUAUUAAUCUGUCGUAUAUUUAUUUAUGUGGUGGUGCAUGAAGCUGUGGUUUUAUUUUUCAGUAAACUGUUCAUGGCACUUUUGUGCCCAUAUUUGGAUAAAAAAAAUGAAUAUAUAUAUAUGAUAUAUUUUAUAUACAUAAUAUUUAGUCAGUUGUUCUAAAUUAUAUUGUUAUAUCCAGCACAUUUUCUUUGCUGACUUUCUCGUGUGCAUGGUAUCAUUUGAAGGUAGACUUUUUUAGACGUUUUAUUUAAAAGUAUAAUGAGCUGAUCAUCAGUGAUACGAUAUACAGCGAUAUUCUUCACUCACAAUAUUAUUUGUGUCGACACAAAUUUAGUGAUGUUUUUUUCCCCUCUGCAAAAUCCCGUUAUUUUUUUCCUUUUCCUGAUCAGAUAAAUUUCUGUCCAAUUAUGUUUUUCUUCUCAAUUAUCAUGACAUAAAAUUGUAAUAUCAUCACAUGCCGAAUUAGAAACGUGUGUGUGUGUGUGUGUGUUUGGAGGGACGUCCCACCGUAUUUUUGGAGCAUUAACAUUUGGAGAUUUGUUCAGACUGUAAAAGCAUGUGAUCAGGACAGACGGAAUGAAUGAAGGAAGGAACGAGAAGAGCAUCAAAUGAAAACAGCUUUUUUUUUUUCAUUUAACUUUUGAUAUUAAAAAAAGUUUAUUUAUAUGCA